GAACUUCUGAGGUUUCGUCACAUUCCCCUAAAAGGUUGAGAGACAACUCCCCCUCUCUUUCCUUAUAAGAGGCGAGCUUCUGACACUCAUCUUCACUUUGAGUGAUGAGGAUCAUGAAAUAAAAGCAGAGCUCAAAACCCUCGAGGAAACGAUGAGCGUUGGUUUAUCGGCAGGGACAGGAAAACCACGCUGUCUCACCGGGUUUGUUCCAGGCUGCUGACCCAGUAAGACGCCUUCGUUUCCCACGGCUCCGACUGCCUGACAGAUCAAACCUCCCCGCGCUGCUGAGUAUUCACUCCCUUCAGAGUCAAGGACAAAAAGUGACACAUCUCCAUCUCUCUCUGACUGAGUGACUGUGUUAGCUGAGGCCACCAUGCAGGAGUGCCACACCGGCCUGUGUCUGUCCGUCUAUGUCAUCACUUUUGUGCUGGGCUUCCCUGCCAAUAUCCUCGCCUUUUACACCUUCUGCAAGAAAGUGAGGCAGAAAGCAACACCGAUAGACAUCCUGCUUCUUAACUUAACCAUCUCAGACCUCCUCUUCCUCCUAUUCCUGCCUUUUAAAAUGCAGGAAGUGUGGAAUGACUUUGUCUGGGUCUUGCCCUAUGCCCUAUGCCCCCUUUCGGGCUUCAUCUUCUAUAUGACCAUCUACAACAGCACCUUUUGUCUGACUGCGAUCAGCGUAGAGCGCUACCUCGGUGUAGCUUUCCCUAUCAAGCACACCCUGAAGCGGAAACCGAUUUACGCCAUCGCCGCCAGCAUCUUCGUUUGGAUUUUCACAUUCCUCCACUUGAGUGUUGUGUUCAUCGUGCCCUUUAUUGGCACCAACGAAGCCCCUGUAACACACGAUGGCAACGUUAGCUUAGCUGCUGCUGCAGACCAGUUGACGGCACACAGGAAUGUGUGCUACGAGAACUUCACACCAGCUCAGCUGGAAGUUCUCCUACCCAUACGACUUGAACUCUGCAUUGUUCUUUUCUGCAUCCCUCUCCUUAUCAGCAGCUUCUGCUACGUCAACUUCAUCAGGAUUCUGUCCAAGCUGCAACACAUCGACCGACGACGCCGUCUGCGAGCCAUCGGCAUGGCUUUAGGAACACUGCUGGUGUUUACUUUAUGUUUCGGCCCGUACAACAUAUCGCACAUCGUCGGAUUCAUAACGUGGAAGAGUCCAGACUGGAGGGACAAGGCCCUCCUGUGCAGCACCUUUAACGCCUGUCUGGACCCUCUUAUAUUCUACUUCUCCUCCUCUGCUAUGAGGGGGAACGUGGGCAGCGUCAUUAAAGGGGUUAAGAGUCGUCUAAACAGGUGCUUGUGCUGUCACACGCCGGGGGGCAAGCGUGGGGGGAUUAACAAGACUGAAAAAGAUAAGGAACACACAGAAGAGGUGAUCAAUGCUAUCUAAGCCGACUGAAAGGAAACUGUGAGCAGCCGCCUGCACUAAUUUGUUGUUUCUUCAUCCCUGGAAGCAGGAAAUUAAUGCCACAUGUUUGUUUGUACACGUCAGAUAGUGACUUGGCAUCAUGUAUACAGUGCAGCGUGUCUGAUGUGCAGCCUGUUUGGAAAGCAGAUAGGAAAAUGUUCAGCCACUCCAAGCAGGUCUCUGCAGCUGCUAUGUCAUCUAAGAAGCCACAGAGACUUUGAACUGUCACAUUCGAAUGAAAAGUAUCUCUAACAUACAUACUGCAGGAUUUUACAAGAUGCAUACAAGUGCUGUACUGUAAAGACACCAAAAAAAGAAAAAGACUAUCCAAGCGACGGAGUCAGCUGUCAUCUCUAAGCAAUAAGAGACAGAGCUGGCAGCUUUAACAGGAUGCUUCUGUUCUUACACUCUGCUCAUUAUGUGUCAGAUGUGGUGACAAAAAAGAAAAAGUUAGUGAAGAGAGAGAUCUGAAGGAGUCAAAAGGAGUGUCAAGUGUGCAGGAAAUAAUGGGCUUUGUAUAGCGCAGUGGAAACAUCUCAAGUAUGCAUUUAGCUACACUUGUGAGCAUUUAAUUUGGGUUUGUUUUUUUUCUUUGGUACUUUGCAUACAUAGCUGGGGCUAUUUUCAUGCAGACUGUGCUUAUGUUUACAGUAUGAUUAGAUCCAAAACAUGCCAAUUUAGCGCAGCCCUGCAUGCAUGCAUAAAUAUAUGUAUGAUGGCUUGCAGCACAUAUUUAAAAGCUGUAUGAGAGGGCUGUAAUUAUGUAAAGAAAUAUCAUUCUAUACUGAAUAAAACAUUAAUUUUA